UCCCUCUCUCUCGGGUCGGGGUUACAUGGCGGCGACUGCGGCAAAGCGGGAGCCUCCGAGACGCCGCUGCCGCCCGCCUAGCCGGAGACCGGAGCCGACCCUGGGGGCUUUCCGCGGGCCCCGCACGCCCUCGAUGAGUCGGAGAAGUCCCGUGAGUGUGUGUGUGUUGUAUCAGAGUAAGAUGGACGGUAGCUUUGAUUGUGAUUGUGGUGAGCUGGAGCCACCUGAUCACUAACAAGAGACAUCUGUUAACCAACAGCUGCCAGGGCUUCCUGUUGAAAUAUACAGCAACAAAGGAAGACAAGAAGCAAAACGGAAAUAGUGCUUACCAGCACCUUAGAACGAUGCUGCUCAGGACCAGUCUAACACUGAAUGUAUCUGCACUGUGAGGAGAAUGUUCAUAGAAGCCUGUUGUGUGCAUAUUUAUUCACAUUUUUGUUAAAUGUUAAAUCGUUUAGCACAGUAAAUCUGAGUGCAUACUAUGUCAUUUCAUUCCGUUUGAGUUUCUCGAGUGUUUUCUUUAAAUGUCUGCAGAAUUGCUGCCCCUUUCUUGAACUAUGAGUACUCCAAUCUUUUUAAUUCUCAAUAUGAGGAGAGCUUUUUGAGCUUUAAAUCUAAGGGGAACUCAACGGGCCUGGUUGGCAUAUGCAAUGAACAUCAAGAAACCAUCUUGCUGUGGAAGCAAAAUUGUUUUUCUUCUCCCUUUUUGAAAGAUCCUUCCUUUUGAUGCCAGUUUUCUUCCUUGUUUACACAAGUUCAACAAUUCGAGAGGAAAAGGCAAUAGUAAGGGUUUCAAAAUGGCAGAGAAAUUUGAAAGUCUCAUGAACAUUCAUGGUUUUGAUCUGGGCUCUAGGUAUAUGGACUUAAAGCCAUUGGGCUGUGGAGGCAAUGGUUUGGUUUUUUCUGCUGUAGACAAUGACUGUGACAAAAGAGUAGCCAUCAAGAAAAUUGUCCUUACUGAUCCCCAGAGUGUCAAACAUGCUCUACGUGAAAUCAAAAUCAUUAGAAGACUUGACCAUGAUAACAUUGUGAAAGUGUUUGAAAUUCUUGGUCCCAAUGGAAACCAGUUAACAGAUGAUGUGGGCUCUCUUACCGAACUGAACAGUGUUUACAUUGUUCAGGAGUACAUGGACACGGACUUGGCUAAUGUGCUGGAGCAGGGCCCUUUACUGGAAGAGCAUGCCCGGCUUUUCAUGUAUCAGCUGCUACGUGGGCUCAAAUAUAUCCACUCUGCAAAUGUACUGCACAGAGAUCUCAAACCAGCUAAUCUUUUCAUUAAUACUGAAGACUUGGUGCUGAAGAUAGGUGACUUUGGUCUUGCGCGGAUCAUGGAUCCCCAUUAUUCCCACAAGGGUCAUCUUUCUGAAGGAUUGGUUACUAAAUGGUACAGAUCUCCACGACUUUUACUUUCUCCUAAUAAUUAUACUAAAGCCAUUGACAUGUGGGCUGCAGGCUGCAUCUUUGCUGAAAUGCUGACUGGUAAAACCCUCUUUGCAGGUGCACAUGAACUUGAACAGAUGCAGCUGAUUUUAGAAUCUAUUCCUGUUGUUCAUGAGGAAGAUCGUCAGGAGCUUCUCAGCGUAAUUCCAGUUUACAUUAGAAAUGACAUGACUGAGCCACACAAACCUUUAACUCAGCUGCUUCCAGGAAUUAGUCGAGAAGCACUGGAUUUCCUGGAACAAAUUUUGACAUUCAGCCCCAUGGAUCGGUUGACGGCAGAAGAAGCACUUUCCCAUCCUUACAUGAGCAUAUAUUCUUUUCCAAUGGAUGAGCCAAUUUCCAGUCAUCCUUUCCAUAUUGAAGAUGAAGUUGAUGAUAUUUUGCUUAUGGAUGAAACUCAUAGUCACAUUUAUAACUGGGAAAGGUACCAUGAUUGUCAAUUUUCAGAGCAUGAUUGGCCUAUACAUACUAACUUUGAUAUUGAUGAAGUUCAGCGUGACCCAAGAAAUCUGUCUGAUGUCACUGAUGAAGAAGAAGUACAAGUUGAUCCUCGAAAAUAUUUGGAUGGAGAUCGUGAAAAGUAUUUGGAAGAUCCUGCUUUUGAUACCAAUUACUCCACUGAGCCUUGUUGGCAGUACCCAGAUCAUCAUGAAAACAAAUAUUGUGAUCUGGAGUGUAGCCAUACUUGUAACUACAAAAUGAGGUCAUCAUCAUAUUUAGAUAACUUAGUUUGGAGAGAGAGUGAAGUUAACCAUUACUAUGAACCCAAGCUUAUUAUAGAUCUUUCCAAUUGGAAAGAACAAAGCAAAGAAAAAUCUGAUAAGAAAGGCAAGUCAAAAUGUGAAAGGAAUGGAUUGGUUAAAGCCCAGAUAGCUCUAGAGGAAGCAUCACAGCAACUGGCUGAAAAAGAAAGGGAAAAGAACCAGGGAUUUGACUUUGAUUCCUUUAUUGCAGGAACUAUUCAACUUAGUUCACAACAUGAGCCUACUGAUGUUGUUGAUAAAUUAAAUGACUUGAAUAGCUCAGUGUCCCACCUAGAAUUGAAAGGUUUGAUAUCAAAGUCAGUAAGCCGAGAAAAACAAGAAAAGGGAAUGGCAAACUUAGCUCAAUUAGAAGCCUUGUACCAAUCUUCUUGGGAUAGCCAGUUUGUGGGUGGUGCAGAGGACUGUUUUCUCAUAAAUCAGUUUUGUUGUGAGGUAAGGAAGGAUGAACAAAUAGAGAAGGAAAACACUUAUACCAGUUACUUGGACAAGUUCUUUAGUAGGAAAGAAGAUACUGAAAUGCUAGACACUGAGCCUAUAGAAGAUGGGAGGUUUGGAGAGAGAGGAAAUGAGGAAGGGUUUCUGAAUAACGGUGGUGAGUUCCUCUUGAACAAGCAGCUUGAAUCCAUAGGCAUCCCACAGUUUCACAGUCCAGUUGGGUCACCACUUAAGUCAAUACAGGCCACAUUAACACCUUCUGCUAUGAAAUCUUCCCCACAGAUUCCUCAUAAAACAUACAGCAGCAUUCUGAAACAUCUGAACUAAAACACUCAGCAGACAUUUCUCUUCGUAUUCUUCAUGAAAUGUGUUUGUCUUUUUUUAUUACUAGUGUUUAAGUCAUUUUUUUACUUGAAUCAGAUGGUUUCAUUUAGAAAGGAUUUUAUUAGUUCUUGGUUUUUAAAAUCCAGACUUUUUUCCUACAUGUGAGAUGGUUUUCAUUUUAACUGGCAUGUCAUUUGCACACA